AUGGAGUCUCCUGCUAAGAAAGUUGCAGUUCAUCCCAAAGUUUCUGUCAUGGUAGACGAGGCUAUCAAGACACUGGCAGAGCCCAAAGGUUCUUCCAUGCGAGCUAUUAACAAGUACAUAAGUGCAACCUAUGACGUCGACACCAAGAAACUGUCGGUUUAUAUAAAGAAAUAUUUGAAAGCUGCUGUUGAACGAGGCGAUAUGGUUCAGCCAACAGGAAAGGGUGCAAAUGGUUCGUUCAAGUUCAAGAAAACAAAAGCCGAAACAAAACCGAAGGUCGACAAAGUGAAGCCGGCGAAACCUCUCAAACUGCUAACUUCAACUCCUAAUAAGACUUCAAAGCCCAAGAAAGUUACUAUGAAACCGCCAAAUAACAGUCCUGUGAAGAAAAUGAAAUUGACAGAUGACGAAGAAGCGCCUGGUGAUACUUCUUUUUCGAUGCCAAAGCCAAAAAUAACAAAGAAAAAGAAAUUCUCCCUGCCUACUAAGCCCAGAAAAUCGAAAGGUCUUUUAACCGAAAAAGUGAAAAAGCCCAAGAAAUUGGUGGCAAAGAAAGAUAAGACCAAAACUCCGGGGUCACCAAAAGAGGAAUCUAAGAAAACUGCAACUUCUCCAAAAAUUGUUAAAGCCAAAGGUGCAGCAAAACCGACGAAAGCCAAGAAAAGUCCGAAACCUAAGAAAGUUGCAGCUUCAAAGAAAGCUGCCGCCAAGGGCACGCCCCCGAAAGUUGAAUAG